AAAUGAACUCAGCAUCAAGCAGUUAGCUGCUACAAAAACUUUAAAACCUAUACUCCGGGAAGAAGAAAACAAGUGAACACUCAGUCUCUCCUCUAUAACCGAGACCAUUUGCCUGUCGAGAAAUAAAUUAAUUACUAGAGAAAUCAUCACCUAUUCCUUAUUUGUAGAUUAAGUAACAUGAAGUUGAAUAAAUGACAGAGCGAUUGAUGAAACCAAAUGAAAAAGCUUCCUGUUCUUCUUUUACUUAAAAUGAGAAUGUAUUUGACAUCCAUCUCUAAAAAUAUUCUUAAAUUUCAACCAUUUCAUAAUAAACAUAACCUGUCUUAUUAUAAAUUGAGAAGAAGAUCAAAUUAUUGAAAUAUGCAAAAGAGAAUGAUCAUAAUACAUGUGCAGCUAUAAUUGCAAAAAUGAAGCUUUUCUGUUUAGAUAAUGCAUAAACAUGUUAUGACUUUUAUAGAAGCACAGAUCUAAUUUAACUAAAAUAUAUGAUCUUUCUCUUAAUACAAGAACUAAAUUAACGACCUACUGUUGAAAAAUAAGAAAUUAGUAAUGAUUAAACAAGUUAAUUCUAAUCUAUGGUUAAAGAUAUCGUUAGUAUAGUUUAUGAAAUCAUAGAAGAAGUUAAAUCAAAAUAAUUUACUUGUUCAAAAAUAGAUAUGCUAAAUAAACAAGUAGCAAAAAUUCAAAAUAAAUUCAAACCUGAUCCUAAUUGUACUUAAAAAUCUAUUAAUAAAUCUCAUCAUUAACGAUUUAAUAGCUGUAACUUUGAGAAUUGUAAAACACCUAUUUCCUAGAAUAAGAGCAAUAAAGAAUCUAAUAUAAAUAGUGAUAAAUUUAAGUCAUCUCAAAUGAAAUAACAAAAUAAUGUAUCUGGUUCUUAAAAAAUUAUUAAGUUUUAGAUAGAUGAAUUAGAAUAAAAAAAAUAAAUAAUAACCUAAUUAAACGAAUAAAUUACUAAAAUAUAAAAUACUAAUUAACAAUAGUAAGUCUAGAUUUAAGAUUUAAAUGCUUAAAUUAUAUCAAUCAAAUAAGAAUUAUAGAUAAAAUAGGAAGAAGUAAAUUUUACUAUUUAUUUAUUCAUUAGAUUGAAAAGUUAUCAUCAUCUUUGGAAGUGCUAAAAUCUAGUGAUCUUAUUCAUAAAGAAGAAAAAGAAAAAUUUAAUUCUCUAUUUAAUGAAAUUGAGAAUUAAAAUAUUCAAUUGAAAUCAAAUUAAUAACAAUUAGAAGUAUACAAUACUUAAAUAAAUAAGCAUGAACUCGAAAUGUGUAAAUAACAAUUCAAUAAUUACUAACAAGAGACAUUUGCUUAUUAUUAAACUUAAUGUAAUUAAAUUUAAUAAGUAAAAGAAAAAGAAAUUAAUCAUCUUAGAAAAGAAUUAAUUGAAAAUUAAGACAUUAAUGUAUUAAAGUUGUUAAAUUUUAGAAUCAUCUAUUAAAUGAUGCACUUUACUUUGGAAAAUAAUACAAAAGUCUUGUUGAUAAAAUUGAUAAUCUGAAACCAGAAUCUGUUUCUAACGAUUUAAUUUAAUUUUAAAAAGAUUUGUAAUACUCUAAGAACACUCUUAAUGCUAAAUUGAAUGCAAUUGCUAAUUUUUCAGAAAAUUUAUUAUUUGAUGCUGGUUAAGAAUACUUAUCAUCAUAAAACUAAUUAUAAAAUUAAAUAUUAAAAUAGAAUAUGCAUUAAAAUAAUUCCAACAAAAAAAUCAGUAGUUCAGAAUAUUUAGUAGCGUAAAAGAAUCAAUUUGAAAUAAUGGAAAUGCUAUUGAUUUAAAGUUAAGUAAUAGAGAAAUUUUUAAUUUGA